AUUCGCCGUUGCAAUGGUUUUAUGGCACUCAAUAAAGCAGGACUACGGUUGAGUAGCUCAAGUGUUGAAAAUCAGUUACUUGUAGGGAUUUAAAUGGAUACUACGGCUGAUACAAUUUUUUGAAACACUUUGGAGUACUAUUGAAUCUCCAUGUAACCAUCAACAAAGACCAGGCCAUAUAAAACUACUCGAGCAAAUUCAAGUGGUAGUCGUUCAAAGCAUGUUGACACGAGGUACCACUUUGUUCGGUAGAUGAAGCAAGCAGAUGCUAUCAAACAUGAUAAGAUCACCUAUAUGAUGACAACAGAACCACUUUGAAGGGUAAAGUAGACACGAUUCCGGGAUGCUGCUCGUGGAGAAAUACAACGGUGGCAAUGAAGCAAAAAUGUAAAACGAUGAGAAUAUUUUGUUAGUGGAAUGAAUUAAUAGCCAUCAUUGUUCUGUUCGUCACCCGGUUCAGGCUCUCUCUCUCUCUCUUCUUGGCGUAACGUCCUCACUGGGACAAAGCCUGCUUCUCAGCUUAGUGUUCUAUGAGCACUUCCACAGUUAUUAACUGAGAGCUUCCUCUGCCAAUGACCAUUUUGCAUGUGUAUAUCGUGUGGCAGGCACGUAAAGGAAAAUUCCUGGACCGACCGGGAAUCGAACCCGUCACCCUCAGCAUGGUCAUGCUGAAUACCCGUGCGUUUACCGCCUCGGCUAAAUGGGCGGUUCAGGCCUGGUGUUUUAUUAUCCCUUCGAUCUACGGUGUCACUUUAGUCCAAGAGGUAUAAAUAAACAGAUGACACGCACGAGGUAUGCAAAUAAGCACAACUUUGCUUGCGAAUGAAAGGUAAUGACCCAAAAGGAGAAAUUUAAUUUACAAAUCUGAGCAAAGCAAUGAAAGUAGGUAGAAGAAGGAUAUUUUCAUAUGAUGCACUUAAAGCAGGUAACGAAGAAUUGAAAAGGGUUCAACAUUCAGUACUAAUAACUACGAUUGUAUGUUCAUGAUGCAUGUAGAGAGCAACUGACUCAUUCAAUAUGUCCAUUGCAUACCUAGACUCCAAAAAGUGUAGAUGUUUUCCAGCUCUAUCUCGUAAAUUAAAGCUUGUAACUCAGGCGGCAGCGACACCAUCAGCUUCAAUAAGUAAAAUUAUCAAGUUGUCUAAUAUUAUCGAAAUGAAGUGCAGUCGCUUUUUAUUACUCAUUGUGAUCAACAUCCAAAUCACCAGUCAAUUUAAGUGUGGCGUCCCCCAGCAGCAGAAGACGAUCCAGUUGAUAGUGAACGGUUUCAGUGCGUCGAAAGGACGAUGGCCGUGGCAUGUCGCGAUUUUCCACAAAAAUCAUCCCCUCACUGCGUACGUUUGCGGCGGGACACUGAUUUCGACUACGCAUGUCCUGACGGCUGCACAUUGUGUCAUCAAUCCACGCACCGGUUAUCAACUACCGAGUAAGAGCAUGUUGAUCGAGGCAGGUGCGUACGACUUGAACCAGGAUUUUCAAGGCAGACAGCGACAUUCGAUAAAAGCUGUCUACAAGAUGUCUAACUAUAGUAGGACAAGCCCUAAAUACGACAUUGCCAUACUCGAGCUGGACUCGGAAGUUGAGCUUAGUCAGUAUGUCCAACCGGCUUGCGUGUACUCGAGAAACGAUUUGGCGGGAAAGAUCGGAACGGUGAUUGGCUGGGGUAUAACGGAGACUAACGAAGUAUCUAGUGUUCUGAAGGAAGCUGAGCUUCCAGUGGUCGAUACGCUAACAUGUCUAACGAGCAAUCGUUACGUGUUUGGACCAAUUUUGGACAAAGGAAUGUUCUGCGCAGGUUAUCUAGAUGGUAGCAGUGUUUGUAACGGUGAUAGUGGAGGAGGAAUCUUUUUCAAAGUAAAUGGAGCCUGGCACGUUGGUGGUAUAGUGUCGUACAAACAAGUCAGAGAAGAUAAUAAUGCACUGUGCCGGACGGAAGGGUACGCGGUCUUCACUAAACUUCACAAUUACCUGCCUUGGAUUAGCUCAGUGACUGGACUAAAUGUAGUGGGUCCAAAAGGAAGACAAGCGCCGGAUACGGAUAAAUGCGCGCCAAGAAGCGCCAAAUCAUCCAAAAUCAGUACAUAUAGCUUUCCGAGAAAUUGUGGCAUCUAUUCGCCUAACCGAAUAAUUUAUGGACAGGUUGCAAAGGUUUUUGAGUUUCCUUGGAUGGCGAUACUGCUUUACAAAGACAAAAAGCUGAAUUGCGUUGGAACACUCAUCAACAAGCGCUACGUGUUGACGUCGGCUAUUUGCGUUCACAAAAAUAUCCCGUAAGAUACAUUAAAGAU